AGCAUCAGAUUUCAAAGAGCGUAAAAACAAGCUGUCUCCGCAAAAAAAGUGAUUGAUUGAUAAACUAUGGAAGAAAGAAGUUUAGCAGCUGGAGAAAAAAGAAUAAAAUUUAAAUGCAAGCGAAUUGGAAGUAUCAGUGAAUUGUUAAGCGUUGGCGAACACAGUAGAAAACAAUAUCAUUGUGUAGCUGAACAGCUUUCAGAAGCAUUAUUAGAGCAGGAAAAAUACGGCUUAUCACCGGUGAUCCCAGCAGAUGGGAAAGUAGCAGGUAAUGGAGCGAGUAAAGUAAUGCUAAAUGGAGUUAUCUAUACACUGGUAACAAAAUCAGGAAGGUAUGCAGGAGAAAUGGAUGUAUUGAACUCUAUGUGUUUGAUAAGCGAAUUCGACACUGAAUCAUGGAGUUGCGUGUAUUACUCAGAGCAUGACAAUAUUCGACCAACCAGUGAUUCCCCUAUGCAUUGGUGCGUGCUAAAUUUGUUACCGAGUAAAACGUUGGCGGAAAGUCCAACAGCAGCUCUUCAUGGCCACGCAUUGGCGACAGCUGAAGAGGCAGUGAAAUAUAACUUUCCGUUUUCCAGAGAAACCUUGUUUUCGACCCCUGAGGAUACUGAAGUAAUGAUUGAAAUGCUGAAGGAAUACACAUAUCCGAGUCAUAAAGUUUUUAUUAGACUUAAUCACGGUUAUUAUAUACUGGGACAAGAUGUUAUAGAUUGUCGAAAUGUUUUGCAUUCAGAAAUAAUCAAAAAAUGUGAAUCUUACCUAUCAUAAUCAUUCUCGUCCCCAAAGCUUUUUGUAAUAAAGACUUAAAAGUUCUAUGGAGUAGAAUUGUAUCGUAUAACCUUACUUCUCUUAGAUAUUGUUAUAAAUUCUAUUAUAUUCUUUUAUUACGGCAAAAAUGAAAAAAAAUCAUAUUUUUUAACACAGGAAAGUCAUAUGUCUUGGCACGUGAUAAGCCCUAGAAUAUAAAACCAAAAGACGACCGGAUUUAAAAAAUAAUUCUGAGUUUGAAAAACUAAAAAUUUAGAAGAAAUCAUAUGGUCAUAGGUCAUUCUAAUGAAAUUAGAAAAUUAAUAAAAUGACCGAUGCAAGACGUUAUGUAUAUUUGAUGUCUUUUUUAAGUACUAUACAUAUACUGGAAAAAGACUAAAAUUCGAUUUUUAAUUCAAGUAUUUUCUAGUUUUUCCAGUAUUAUCACUACGUUAUCUUUGGUUUAUUUAAAAAAAUGCACAAGUUUUUUAAUGUAAAAAUGUUGCUUGCAUACGGUAAUGCACGGAUCUGUUACUAAAACAAUGUCUUCCAUCGUAAACGAUAACUUCCGUUAUAUUAUUGUUC